AGAUGUGUUGCCAUUCGCCGUGGUGCUUGCUAAUUGACAAUCGCAAUCAAAAUCGCAAUUCAAUCGGAAACGCGGUCGCAAGAUUUCAAAAAUAAGUUGGAAUUUCAGUACAUAUCCAGCCCUGGGCCUGCUAUUCACAGCGAACUGUUGUUUCUUACAAUAUCGCAUUCAAUAUUCCAAAUGAAUAUUUUACCAAAGAAACGCUGGCAUGUGCGCACCAAAGACAACAUAGCCCGCGUGCGCCGGGAUGAAGCCGCCGCUGAAGCAGAGGACCGCAAGCGCCAGGAAAAGUUGGAGUUGGCUGAAAGCGAGGCCCGCAUCAAUUUCCUGCGCCGCCAAUCGGGUCUCCCGGAGAAAGCCACAGUUCCCGUCCGGUCCGAAGAUGCAGCCGCCCCCACCCCUGGCGAAUCGAGUGGCGUGGAUCUGUUUGCGGACUACAAGACACACGUGAAGACCACAAAUAAGGAUCUGGAAAAGGAGCAAAAGGAGGAGCAGGAAAAGUAUGAGAAGCAGAUUGGAUACCUCACGUAUCUGGGCCAAGACACCAACGAGGCACUGAAAACUCGCAGUUGGUACGAGGUGGCUCCCAAGCGGCCAAGGCGCGAAGACCACACUGCCACUGAAAUUCACCUCAAGCAGAAGCUAUCCCACGACCCGCUUACACUGAUAAAUGCCCUGAUACCACCGGAGAAGAAAGCGCCGAAACGAGCUCCCAAAAGAAAAGCAGAACGAACGUCGUCGCCGUCGCCGACCCCGAAUUCUCUGGCGGAACGCUCUCCCACACAUUCAGCCCACAAAUCGAAAAAGGGCAGGAAGGAUAAAAAAGGCAGCAAGGAGAGCAAAAAACAUAAGAACAAGAAACAGAAAAGCCACAAAAGUGUAAAGGAGUCGAAAGAAUUGGCCCUGGCUGCGGAGCGGCACAAGCGGGAGAAGCUGGAGAGGCUGCGCAAGGAGCGACUGCGUCGGGAAGCUUCUGAGCGGCAACGAUCCGAGGCCUUGUUUGCACUACCAAAAGCUGCGGUGCCCGCCAUUGCAGCCAGCACGCCGGCGCCAACGCCAAAGAUUGUUCAGAAGUACAAUAGUCAGUUUAAUCCAGACUUGGCCAAGCAAAAUAUGUUUUAAAUGUUAAGUCAGAAAUAUUUUAAAAACAGUCUUAUUUAAAAGUUCGGGAAGUACAGAAUACAAAAUAAAUCCGGUUGCUUAAAAAUUA